AUGUCUUCCGUCGCUCGCGCCGUCCGCCCCUUCGCUUCUCGCGUGCUUGCCCAGAAGCCUCUGGCUCCCGCCUGCCGGGCUUCGCCCGCUUUCCGUUUCCCGCGGGGAACCAGGAGCUUCUCCCAGAGCCCUCUCUCCCAGCUGAAGAAGUACACCGAGUCGCACGAGUGGAUUGAGUUGGCCGACGGCGGCAAGACCGCUAAGAUCGGUAUCACCGACUACGCCGCUCACUCCCUGGGUGAUGUCGUCUACGUCGAGCUCCCCGAGGAGGAUCUCGAGAUCGCGGCCGGCGAGCCCGUGGGUGCCGUCGAGUCCGUCAAGUCUGCUUCCGAUGUUCUCUCCCCCGUUGCGGGCAAGGUCAUCCGUGGUAACAGCAUCCUCGAGGAUAAGGCUAAGACCAUCAACGAGAGCCCCGAGGGUGAGGGCUGGAUUGCUGAGAUUGAGGUUGCUGAUGCCGCUGAGCUUGAGGCGCUUCUUGAUGAGGCUGCUUACAAGGCUACCAUUGAUGCUUAG